AGGCGACAGAGCAGCUCUGUCAAGAACUUCGUGGAGUCUGUAGUGCCGUGUUUGCUGCUUCAUUUAGCUAAAAAAAAAGAAAAAAAGAAGAAAAAAAAAACUAUUGAGAAAUAGCGGGGGAUAUUGAGGAACGUGAGUCGGACUUGGACACAGCCAUGGACCCUACAUAUGGAUGGGGCCUUACCCCUCUCAACCAGGCCCCCUUCAUAGAGAUUAUCGAGCAGCCAAAGCAGAGGGGGAUGAGGUUUAGGUACAAAUGUGAGGGACGGUCUGCUGGCAGCAUUCCCGGAGAGAAAAGUAAUGACACCACUAAGACCCACCCAGCAAUCAAGGUGCACAACUACAACGGCCCCCUGCGUGUUCGCAUCUCAUUGGUAACGAAGAACGCACCCUACAAGCCUCAUCCUCACGAGCUGGUUGGGAAAGAUUGCAAACAUGGCUACUACGAGGCCGACCUGCAGGAGAGACGGAUACACAGUUUUCAGAACCUGGGUAUACAGUGUGUAAAGAAGAAGGAUGUGAAUGAGGCCAUCACCUGUAGACUGCAGACAAACAAUAACCCCUUCAGCAUUCCUGAGGCUAAGGUGUGGGAAGAAGAGUUUGACCUGAAUUCAGUCCGGCUUUGCUUCCAGGCCUCCAUCACUCUGCCUGCAGGGGAGCUUUUUCCUCUGGAGCCUGUGGUAUCACAGCCCAUCUAUGACAACAGGGCUCCAAACACAGCAGAGCUAAAGAUCUGCAGAGUCAACCGCAACUCUGGAAGCUGCAAAGGAGGGGAUGAAAUCUUUCUUCUGUGUGACAAAGUGCAGAAAGAGGACAUCGAGGUGCGCUUCUUCCAGGACUCCUGGGAGGGGAAGGGCACUUUUUCCCAGGCUGAUGUCCACAGGCAGGUGGCUAUCGUGUUUCGCACACCACCUUACCGUGACACUAACCUCACUGAACCAGUUAAAGUCAAGAUGCAGCUCCGGCGGCCCUCUGACCGGGAGGUCAGUGAGCCAAUGGACUUCCAGUACCUGCCAGCAGAUCCAGAUGAAUACAGGCUGAGUGAGAAGAGAAAGCGGACAGGAGAAAUGUUCCAGAACCUGAAGCUGGGGCCCUUGCUAUCUAGUGUGACCACUCCACAAGACAGACAGCACAUAAACCUGCAGAGGAGAAAAGGGACAGCCAGGCCUCCAUCAGUGAACCCACAAGCUGCAGCUAUGGUGCCCCCUGGUCCCAUUGGGGCAAAAUCCCAGCCCCCAUUCUCAUUCCAGCCCGGCCAGCUAUUCUCAGACCAGACAAAGGUAGAAGCAAAUCUCAGCAAACCCCCCAUCUCAGCAGCAGCUACCAGCCAGUCAUGGAAGAUCACAAACCUGGGCUCCCAACCCAAAGCAAACCCAAUGUCUGCCUUUUCAAUGAACCCAGCACCAACCACCACCUCCUCUACCAUUGCUUCCACUUCUAAUCAGGACUACUCAACAGUCAACUUGUCCGAUCUUCAUGAAUUCUUCCCCAACAUUUCCUCGACUAUCACCCAGCCGGAUGCAGCAGCUUCUUCUCAAGUAAACUUGGCCUCCUCACAGACGAGCAACUCCUUCAACCUCCAGAGCUCGCAGUUCCGGGCGGAGCCACCACUUGUAGAUGAAGAUAUCCCAGACUUCCCUAGCUUCUCCGAUGUCGCAGGCACAGUCAACCUGGGAAGCCUAAACAUGGAUGACUUGGAGGACAUUCUGAACCCCCGCUCUGAUGGUGGAAUUUCGAUGAUGGGUCAACCUUCGUGCCAGUCAGCUGGCCCUUCCAUCUCCUCAGCUGCUGCCCAGAUCAGUGCAGCAUCCCAGAACACUUCUGAUCCUGCCAGCAACCCAGGAAGCACUUGGAUGAAUUACCCCAACAGCAUUGUCACUCUGCUCCAGAACGAAAGCAUGAUGGACAUCAGAACCAAUAACCAGCCUCCAAUGCUCGACGAGUACGAUGUUUUGAUGUCUGGAGACGAAGAUCGUCUUAUUUCCAUUUUUAAUAGUGGAACCCAAGCUGGGUUUGUGUCAGGACACCCAACUUAGAUUUGAUUUCAUUUUCAUAAAGACCACUUGUAUCUUCCCCUGUAGACACCAGGACUAAAACUUCUUUAUUAAGUCAAAAAAGGAAGAGGUAGAGGAGACCGAAUGUAGCAGCACUGCUCAAUGUGGACACACUUAAAUACCAGCAAUGACUUUAUGGUAUUCAGUCUGAGGGUUUUGCCCAGUCAUAUAGUUUGUCUGACAAAUUAUAGAACCCACGACAAACAUGAUCAGAUUUCAUCCCCCUUGUGAAAACCACUGCCACUGUUUAAAAUCAUUGUCAAGACAAUGAUGGUGGAAGCAGCUUCACCAGUGAAUGUUUUAAAAAGACAGCUUAGAUACUUUGAUAAAGUUGUCUACUGUGGUUGCUUUUGGUGGAACACGUUAAGCAUGUUUUUGUACUGUCAUUUGAACAAUUUUGGUAGCUGUGGUCAUAGAAAUGUUCAAAUUUUGUCUGCCUUUUUUUUUUUUAUACAAAAGGUUUCAUAUAUGUAAUCAGAUCUAGAGGUAAGUCUAUACAAAUUAUGUCCAUUGUUUGAACGUCCCUUUGGAUUUCUGAAGGUUGUCACAAACUAUCUGAAUGUGCCAAGAACCAAAUGAAGGUGUACAUUUAUCAAACAAGCAACAUUACUAUUUACAUGCUCAUACUAGAGACUGUGCUUUUUUGUCUGGUAACAUUUACCACUGCUCUCUAAUCCUUUUUCUACACUUAUUCUAUCAGUAAUGGCUGCAUUUUAACUCAGUUGUUUCAGAUUUGCUAUACUCUGCAGUAAGAUGCUUUGCAUUAAUUCUUCUGUUUUUACACAUAUUAUGGAAGUGGAUUGUGCAGGUUUUUUUGUUUGUUUGUUGGAAUGAAAGACUGUCAACAUCCAAAACACUUUCUUGGCAAAAGAAAAAAAAAAAAAAAAAA